AUGUCGUCUCGCUCGCCGCCACUGGCGCGUCUCGUCCCGUUUUGCGCCCUCCUGCUCCUCGCGACGCUGCUGCCGCCGUUUCCCGUCGCCGCCGCCGCCGCCGCACUUGACGCCGCACAUGGCGGUUCGGGUCGGCGCGUUCUGCAGGAGCCGGCCGCGUCGGACGAAAUAAUAUCGGCCGAGAGGAGCGCGCUGCUGGCGCUGAAGCAAGCAAUGGGGGACCACCCUGCCUUUUCCCUGGCGGGGAGGUGGUCUGACGGCCCCUCGCCCAACCGCCAGGGCCAGCUGUCGCAGCCCUGCGCUGACACGUGGCAGUUUGUGACCUGCGACUCCUCAGGCCGCGUCGUUGCCAUCGACAUGAGCAACCCUCUCUUGGCAUCCCUCAACGCCUCCUGGGCCAGGGGAGCCACUCCUACGGCUGUAGCGCAGCAGCUGACCGCGCGGGGCGCGAGCCAGCAGGCAGUAGCAGCGGCUGUAGCAGCGGGGGUGGUGGGGCCGCUGAGGGGGGAGAUCCCGUGGGGGAGGUUGACGGCGCUGCAGCGAUUGGAGCGGGUGGACUUGAGUGGCAAUGAGGUGGCUGGUGCUGCUGCCCCCUCCGCUGCUGCCCUGCUUCCUGACCUCAAGCACCUCAACCUCACGUUCAACCGCAUCAACUCCCUGCCUGCAGCCGUCACAGCCAUGACUGCCCUUGAGACCCUCCAUCUGGAUAUGAAUCGCAUCGCUGGGUCACUCCCUUCGGGCCUUUCUGCCCUCUCUCGCCUCUCCUCACUCGUUCUCGGGCAGAACGAAUUUGUUGGCCAGCUGCCCGAAGAGAUUGGCACGCUCACAGACCUUGUGACCCUCGACCUGGGCGACAACCACUUUCAGGGCCAGCCUCCUGAUGCCUGGAGCAGGCUCACCAACCUCCAAGUGCUUUCCCUCUACCGUCUGCCCCUAACCGCCACCUUCCCGCCCUCGUGGUCCGCGCUCUCAUCACUAACCUUCUUCUCCUUCUCCUCCGCUGCUGCCUCGGGGCCCUUCCCCGCCUUCCUCACUCAACUGCCCAACAUCCAACACAUCUAUCUGCAUUCCAACCGCCUCUACGGCCCGCUGCCUGAUGACCUCUGGCGUCCCGCCCUGCUCACUGAUGUUGACAUCUCAAACAAUUUCUUCAACGGCUCGGUGCCGCUGCCUCCGCCUGAACGCCAGGCUGACUUCAGGUAUUUCUUCAACUGCUUCACCUCUGCAACCUCCCCAUCGGACAUGCCUGCUGCAGCUGACGGCCAGUUGGAUGCUGCCACGUGUGCUCAGUUCUACUCGCCCCCUCCGGAAACUGCUCCUGCUGCUCCUGCUGCUCCUGCUGCUGCUGCUGCUGCUGGCACCCAGCAGCAGCCCGCCCCCUCUGACUCCACGUGGGGUUCCUCCUUCUUCACCGUCUGCCUCCUCAUAGCCCUUGCCAUCGUGCUCAUCACCGUCUCCUUCACCUGCUGCCGCCUCGUGCACCAGCGCCGGCAGCAGCAGAGAGAGUUGCAGCAGCAGCAGCAAGAGCAGAUGCGUGUGGAUGAGGAUUUAGAGGCUCCUGCAGAGGCGAAUGUUGCUAAUUCGGACGUUCUGUUGCUCAACAAGGAUUCCAACCAGCCGUUCCUGGCAGGCGUUGUCCUUUCCAGCUCCAGCACUUAG